GUUAAACUUCUUGACAUGCUGGCUUUCUUCCUUCAACCGGAAAUCACCCCCACCACCUUUGUAUUGACAUCUGAACGUCGCAUCGAGAUUGUUGAAGCAGUUAAGCUUCUUCUCGCCUCUAAUCUUCCCUUGGAUCCUCAGGAGUUUGCUCAUUCCACCAAAUUGAGUGAAUGCGGAACUCUCCUGCGAUCAGUUCUCUCUCUUCUAAAAACAGUCAGCUGUCUCGAAGCUAUUCAGAUCCUAACAACGCCAUUCUGUCGUUAUGACGAACACUUCAUGGACGAAGAUUUGUAUGAGUCUCUACAGUGUGCAAUGAAACGAAUAUGGACGCGGCCUCUGGUCCAGGAGAGGCUGCUGACCUCAGCACUGGAGGUCUUUGAACAGGCUGUCAUAUCCAGACAACCAUCGAUAGCCUUCAUCAACCUCUGGCAUCGCUACUUCUACAAGUUCAUCCAACCGCUUCUCCUUUGCGUGGGUUUAGUUGCCCUGGAGCGCAUAGUGCUCUACAACCGCCUUCCGAAGGCCUGUCUCCAUGGUAUGAGUGGCGGCGGUGUUGGGUCUAUUCUGAAAGCCUUUCUUGGACCGGUAAUGUUGGAUCCUCUUCAAAAGAUGCAAAUACAAGGAAAGGAACUGACGGCCACACUCAUACGAAGGGCUUAUGCGACUCUCAAAGAUGCACUUGAACCACCAUCAAACACUUCAUUGACCCAUGACCUCGAAGUCACCGCCUCAAUUUUGAGACGUUCUCUGUGGUCUGCCAGUCUGGCGUGCCUUGUCGCCACUGUAAGUGCUACUCAGACGCAGGAGAAGGCCUUCAACUGCGUGAUUGCUUGCGAUCCCCUCUCACGCUUUCUUCCAACAGACAAAAAUUUUAAAUUUCCCAGGCGGCGGUCAGGUAAGUAUCGGUCGGCAUUCAUUGAGUUGCGGGAGGAAUUUUGGCUACCAUCGCAACGAGAACCCUACCUGCGGAUCCAGCCGACGAAAUAUGUCGGAAAGGCAGCAGCUUUCGGAGUUCCAAAUCGGGAACCCUACCUGCGGAUCCAGCCGACGAAAUAUGUCGGGAAGGCAGCAGCUUUCGGAGUUCCAAAUCGGGGUGAGCUUCUCCAGGGUAGCAGCUUUACCGCGGAGAUCAAUCAGUUCAUGCGAACUUCAGGAACCCAGAUCAUAAGAGAGUCCAAUACUUCGACGGACUUAACGAAGCGGAUUAGUUCAAGCAAAGGGUCUACAUCACCGCCACCUGCAAACUCUGUCAAUUUCAAUCAAGGCGAAAGGGCUGGAGCAGUUCAGGUGAAUCUGGAAGUCGAUUGUCUCAACACAACUUCUGUGAUGGUAUGCUUCGUGGGAUUGCUAAAACACAUGCACCGUUUGGGUUUCCUGAAGCCCGUAGGCCCGAAUCGCAUGCCCCCUAUUCUCCAAUUUCUCUACGAACAGUUUAUCUCUCGCCAUUCCAACGACAAUGUUCGCGCAUUUGUGGUCAAAGUGAUAAUCAACUGCACCGAGUUAUUCAAGGCGUUCGCCAAAAUUUGGCUUCCAGCACUCAUCACCUAUGCUUGCUCGGGUGCAGAAGCUCUGGUGGAUUCCUGCGGUUUGUCGUCCCUCAGCAUCGAUCUCUGCCUCCUUCUGGGUGAAUGGGGCGUGUCUAAUGCCAGUCUGCCAUCCAGUGAGGUCGAAUUAUCGGCGGCCCGAUCUCUUCUUGCAUAUUUAAUGCAAAACACUUGGAUUCCAUCUCUCCCCGACUCUGAUGAAGAUCACGUUGACAGUGUCCCCGAAGGUGUUGCUUUGGCACUGAAAAACAACCUUGAAUUGUUUCGCCUUUUGGCUGAGACUUGGCUUCCUGCAGGCGUAGCAAUUCCGUAUAAGUAA